AUGGCACAAACAUCAGCAGCAACAGUAAGAAAAAGCGGUAAAAAUGUGGCAACAAAGGCACUUAUUGUGCAGCAGUAUAAACGGAGAUUGAAGGACAAUAUUAGAUCGUUAAAUGAUAACUUUGUAAACAUUAUAUCAGUCGCAAAGAUCAAUGUUGAUGAUGCAGCUCACAAAAAUCCAUCUGGUCGUAUGAGUGAUUUUUAUACGAUGAAAAAUGAAACUGCUGUACGAGCUGCUCUUAUGGUGCGAGCUGCAGACGAAUUGUUCAAAUUAACACAUGAUUUAAAAGAAUUUUUAAUUUUGCAUGACUUCAACUUCCUAAGCUGUGCUGUACAGAAGGCAGAAGAUCGUGCCGAAAAAGUCUUGGAUGAUUAUAUUUUAAGAUGCGAUGCAUUGCGAUUGGAUACUUCAUCUUUAGUUACAGAUAUUGAUAGAGAGUUAAUUGAUCAUUUCUCUGUUAGGCAUUAA